AUGGCGAACCUCACUCGGGUCUCCGAGUUCCUGCUCCUGGGCCUCUCGGAGGACCCUGAGCAACAGCAGCUGCUGUUCAUCCUCUUCCUAAGCAUGUACCUGGUCACGGGGCUGGGGAACCUGCUCAUCAUCCUGGCCAUCGCCAGCGACGCCCGGCUUCACACCCCCAUGUACUUCUUCCUGGCCAACCUGGCCUUCGUGGACAUCUGCUUCACCUCCACCACCAUUCCCAAGAUGCUCGCCAACCACGUGUCAGGAUGCAAAGGGAUCCCUUACGCCGGCUGCCUGACCCAAAUGUUCUUCUUCAUCUGGUUCGCGGGCAUCGACAGCUUCCUGCUGACCGCGAUGGCCUAUGACCGCUAUGCGGCCGUCUGUCACCCUCUGCACUACGCCAGCUCCGUGACGCCGCAGCUCUGUGUCCUCCUGGUGGUGGCCUCCUGGACCUCCGCCCUCGGGAACGCCCUGACCCACACGGUGUUACUCACCCGCCUGUCGUUCUGCGCCCACAACCGGGUCCCCCACUUCUUCUGCGACCUGAGCCCUCUUCUGAAACUGGCCUGCUCAGACACCUUUGUCAACAGCCUGAUGGUGUACACCGUGGGCGCCCUGCCCAUCAUCACGCCCUUUGUGGGCAUAUUAGUCUCCUACACCCGCAUCUUUGGGGCGGUGCUGAGGAUUCCGUCUGCAGGAGGCAAACGGAAGGCCUUCUCCACCUGUGGCUCUCACCUCUCUGUGGUGUCCCUGUUCUAUGGGACACUCAUCGGAGUUUAUUUCAGCCCCACGUCCUCCCACACGGCCCAGAAGGACACGGCUGCUGCAGUGAUGUACACCGUGGUCACGCCCAUGCUGAACCCCUUCAUCUACAGCCUGCGCAACAGCGACAUGAAGGGCGCCUUAGGCACUCUCGUCAGCAGAAAGUCAGUCGUCAUUCGGUGA